AAAAAAAAAGACAUGAAACUUUAGAGAAACUUGCUGUAUAUAACCACAAAUCAAUUAACCCAAGGUUCUUAAUUAUUCACACCAGGCCGGAACCAUGCAACUUCUUCUUCAAAACCUUAAUACAUCAAUUAUCCUUGUAUGUAUAUCUAUUGCUUUUUAUGUAGUUUUUCAUUAUCUUGCAAACAGUAGCAAGUCACGGAAGGAGCAAAAAUUACCACCGGAAGCCGGUGGAACAUGGCCUAUUCUCGGCCAUCUUCACCUUUUCAGAGGCUCUAAACUUCCUCACAUAGCCCUGGGAGAACUGGCGGACAAGUAUGGGCCGGCUUUCACUAUCCGGAUGGGUGUGCAGAGAGUGUUGGUGGUUAGCGACUGGAAAUUGGCAAAAGAACUCUCAACUACCCACGACGUUCACAUAUCUUCUCGCCCAAAGUUUCGAGCCACCAAACACUUAGGCUACAACGACACUAUGCUUGUUUUAGCUCCCUAUGGUCCCUAUUGGCGUGGAAUUCGCAAACUUAUUUCCUCGGAGCUACUCUCCAACCGACGGCUAGAGCAGCUGAAGCACAUAAGAGUAUCCGAGAUCGAGACCUCUGUAAAGGAGUUGUAUAAGCUUUGGAUUGAAAAGAAAAAUUCCGAUCCCUUCGGCCGUGUUCCGGUGGAAAUGAAGAAGUGGUUCAGAGACUUAACAUUCAACGUGCUCCUUCGAAUGGUGACCGGAAAACGAUACUUUGGCGCAUUGGCAAUUGGUGAUGAAAAAGAGGGGCGACGUUGCCAAAGGGUAAUUAGAGAUUUUGUUAAAUUUCUUGGGACUUUUGUGCCGGCGGAUGCCCUGCCUUUCUUGGGAUGGUUAGAUAUCGGAGGGUAUGAGAAAGCCAUGAAAGAAGUUGCUAAAGAAAUGGAUUCUCUUGCUGAGGAAUGGUUACAAGAGCAUCGUUUGAAGAAAGAGGCUAUGGGUGGCGACGAAGAAGAAGAUUUCAUGGAUGCUAUUCUGUCACGAAUAGAAGAGAUUGAUCUAAAUGGUUGCAGUGCUGACACCGUGGUCAAAUCUACUUGCAUGGUUUUGAUUGCUGGAGGAGCAGAUUCGCCCAUGGUCAUGCUAACAUGGGCUUUGUCUUUGAUAAUGAACCAUCCCCAUGUAUUGAAGAUGGCUCAAGAGGAAUUAGACAUGGUAGUUGGCAAGGAAAGAAAGGUGGAUGAAUCAGACAUUGAUCAUUUGAUUUAUCUUCGAGCUAUUGUAAAAGAAACAUUUAGAUUGUAUCCCGGUGGUCCACUUGGAGUUUCAAGAAUAUUCACAAAAGAUUGCACCACUAUGUCCGAUUUUCAUAUUCCAAAAGACACUUGGCUAUUCUUCAAUAUAUGGAAACUUCAACGAGAUCCACAAGUUUGGUCUAGCCCUCUUGAAUUCAAACCUGAAAGAUUUAUCAAUUGCAAUAAGGAGAUUGAUGUUUUGGGACGGAAUUUCGAGUUGAUUCCGUUCGGUGCUGGUAGAAGAAUAUGCCCAGGAACAACUAGUGCUCAUCAAAUUUUGCACUUGGUCUUGACUAAUUUGUUGCAUUCUUUUGAGCUCUCAAAUAUCUCUAAUGGAGCAAUUGAUAUGACUGAGACGGCUGGACUAAGCAACCUCAAAGACACACCUCUUGAAAUUUUUAUAGCUCCUCGCCUCUCCCCUUACCUUUAUUAGCCAAUUAAUUAUUAAUUAAUAUGUUCGCGUGUGUGUUUGUAUGUGUGUCCGUGCAUCUAUGUUUACUUGAAGGAGCUUCCAUGCAUGGAC